UCUCUCUCGGGUAAACUAGACGACCCGCUCAAAUUCACCCGCCAACAGAUCUCCGCCGUCUCCCUCCGCCGGCUCCCCGCUCGCCGCUCGCCGCCCACCGCCGGCGGAAUCGCUUCUCCGAGGUCUCCGAUUUCUGUACGGCGGGCGUAGUUCCCGUGGAGACUCUUCGCCGAAGAAAGCACGGACAGCUGUCGUCGCGCUCGCCGGCGCAGUGCGCUCGUCGCCUUUUCGACCCAUCGAAGGGCCGGCAUCUAACCGCGAUGGAUCUCUCCUCGUUCAAGCAGGACGUCGAUGAACUGAUCAACGAUUUCGCUCAGGGCGGAUCGAGGGCUUUGGCUGAUAUGAAGCGCGUAUGGCUGUCGAGGAAGUUCUCCUACAUUUACGAGGCUCGUCCUUCGUCCAACUUGACCUUCUUCAUGCAAACGCUCUAUUCUCAGUCAAUCGGUCACAUGGUCAGCUCAGAGUCCCUAUCUCGCCGGUUAGGUGGACUGUAUUGCCUUUACUGUCUUUAUGAGACUCAACCAUUCAAACCUCCUUACAGAAUUUAUCUCUCUUUGGGAGAGCUGAAGAAUCUUAAGCAUCUUGUUGCUAGUGCAAAAGUUGAAGGAAUAACGGUGGUAUCGCCUCUGGUCAAGAAAAUGCUGGAAAAGAACAUGUUUCUAUUUGGGGCUGUUGAAAUCAAUGAAGGCUCUAUUACAGAAAGAGUAAACCAACUCAUGGAACUACAGAACGCACGUGUUCAAGUAGCUUAUAAGAAGUUAUUUGCUAAUACAAGGAUUGAGCAUUUUCUUCACAUGGAUUUGGGUAUGGAAAUUGAUAUGGAUAUGGUCAAGAAUAUGUCAAACGAAUAUGCCGAGGCCAAGAAAAGAGCCAUUAAAGAGGCUCGCGAGGUGGUCGAUGUUCAGAACAUAGAACAUAUAGCUUACGACAAGAAACCAAUUGGAGAUGAACUGACGAAGAUUGAGGAAAACUGGACUGCGCAGAGAGACAUGCUUUACCGCCAGAUAGGUUUCAAUCAGCAUGGUGGUGAAAAACAGCAACAGCAGCAAUUACAAUUAGUACAGCAUCGGCUGGAGGAGGAACCAGAUGAAAGAGAAGAUGAAGACUUCGAGCAAGAGCUGGAACAGCUUCUAUCUCGACCUUAAUUGGAUACUUAAGAGGAGUAGAUUUGUUCUUCUUUUUUUUUUUUGGUCAGAGGAAUAGAUUCGUUCAAGGCACAGAAUUUGUGAAGUUGGACGCUGGCCCUUCCAGUUUCCCAUAACUGCCUGAAGCGCUGUGACUGAAGUGCUCUGCAGUUUGCGACGCCAUCGUGGGGGGUGGAGGCUAGUACCAAAACAGGAUUGAAUCGAGUUGUUUCUGAAGAUUUGAAGGUACCAUUAGAACUUUGGCAGUGGAAGAGUAGAGCUUCAUCUUAAGAUUCUUUCGGGGUUGCUUGUAGUUUAUCUUCACCCCGUUCCAUCUCAGAGGACCUGUCAAAUAUUAACAGAUGGUUGAACAAGGUUGGAGGGUUAGGAACGUGUCGUAUUUGCAAUUUCACAUAUUUAAAAAGGUCAGUAUCAUAGUUUUGUUUCAAGUUC